CACACUUGGAAGCGACGGCCCAGAAAGGUGAUAAGCCAAAAACAAAAUGGCCGACCCGUAUGCCCUUCCCGUGAGGCAACCGAGGGAGAAGAAAGCCAACAAGAAAAACGCUACGAGUGGAGCUGGCUCUGCGAGAUCGAACCCAAAUGCGACGGCUUCCUACCGACUUGAUGGUGCCCCUCCCACUCGUGUUCCUGACAAUGAGCGUGGACGUGCGACGGCACUGCCGAAUCGGAACGGCCGGACAACAGCAAACAACAACAAUUCCAGAGAGCGCGGAAGAGGCCGGGAUCGAGCAAACGGCGAAGUAGAUGCACCGAAGAAAUUGAAACAGGCGGAAGCCGUUAGCGCUUUCGCGACACCCCGAGACGACGAAGAUGCACUACUUGCCGGCGAGUCGUACCGCUUGGACGAUCUAAGCGCGAGGAACCGAAAUCCCCCCCGGGGAACCUACAACUUGGACCUGAGGUCACCGAGAGUUGAUGGUACGUAUCCGGGCGCCUCAGCGGGGGCUCCCGGUGUAGUUGACGCGUCUGCCGCAUCUACAGUGAAGAUGAAGGAAGAGCUUGGUCGUGGUCAUGUUGCCGAUGAAAACAACAUGACUUCCGAGGCGUAUUUGCCCUCUGAAGCACGUAAUUCUGCCAACGCUGGCGUGCCACUGCUUGAAGAUGAAACUUCUACUGCGCAAACGUCGUCUUUGCGAACACCCGAAAACAACAAAGCGCCACCCUUUGCCUCGAACAAACAAACAGCCGAAGCACCUUCUUCGUCCUCAAAGGUCUCCAAGGCCGCGCCGCCCCAACGGCCGCCAACCAGGACAAGUGGCGCUGCUGCGCCGCUGCAAUCCGUACCGGAGCUGUCACAAUCGACCUACUCGACCCCCCGGGUAGAAAACCCCGACGAGACGCUACUUUCCGCUAACAGAGAUCCUCACAAAAAGAAUUCCAGCACACUCGUGGCAACCUUGCACUUGAUUCCCGCGAAUGCCAGCUCCGCGCACGAGCAAACGACCUUUCCGGACGAGAUCCGGCUUCCGGACACGUUGAACAUCCAGGACGGUGCGGCGGUCGAGGUGGCAGACACCAUGGUGUUUACCGCAAAAGUGUUUCCCGUGUCCAGCACCGCUGCCGGUAAGAAAAGCCGGAAGAGCAGAGCUGGCGGUGGGCAAGGUGGCGGAGAACUUCUACCCCCGACACCCAAGGUGUAUUUUUCCUUCGAAGCAGCCCGAAAUCUGCUUGCGACGGUGAGCUUCAGGAAUGGGAGGAUGCAACAUGUCCUUGGAACAAGUGCUGCUGGAGAGGAAGGGCAGAUCGCGGCGACGUUUGGAACUAUUGAGGGCGUAAGAAGUUCCCUCACAGAACUCGGCGUUUGCGGGAUCAGAAAGCUGCCUGGGGGUUCACCGAUUGAUGUCCUAUCAGCAGGAGCUGCGGGACCGUCGAAGAUCAAUGCUCCAGCGCCUCCUCAUCCGCCGCAAGAACUCCUUCCAAAAGUGAUUUCCCGCAUGACCGUCGAGGUCGAGGACCGGAAAAAAUUUCCGAAGCACGCACCGCUGGAGCUCUGGCUAUCUCAUAUUCUGGAUGGGGGCUACUUCAGCGAUAAUGAGAGGAGGUUUGUCAGCGUGUUCGGAAAGCGGUGCGGCAUCUGGAUUCGGAAGUGUGAGAUUUCAUCUUCUACUUCUGCAGCCUCGUCAUCAACGAAGUCUUACGCUCUGUUUGACCGAACAGGGCGAUUCCUUCCGACCAACUACACAACAGCAACAGCAGGCGCUAGCUCUACUGGUGGAAAUAAAAACAGAAAAUCCGCAGCAUCCUCCGGAGGUAGUACUAGAGUAAGCCCAAUCCCGACGAUUUCGAAGAUAACUUUAAUUGACAGCCACGACAAGAGCGCCUUUAUAACCUUCCCAACAGUGCCAGCACCUUCCGACGAUCCACAGGCACGAGGACCCACUCACGCGACUAGCAACAGCUCUUCCAGCACCCCUGACGCUACCGCUGCAAAUACGGCAGCAACGGCACCAGGACACCAUCACCAGAAGCCAACUACCGCCGGCUUCGCCCAUAUCAAAAGGAAAAAUCCCCCCUCCCCAUAUCGAAACCAAGUUUCUGAUGCUGGAUUUCCAUACACAAGUCAAAUUUGUCUUGCUCUGGAGGAGUGCUGGCAUAUGUCAAGCCUCAGUCGAGACGUUUUGACGUAGGCGCCUACCAUGGCAAACGUGUAUGCUCUAAGCCAAACAGCAUCACAAACCGCCUGCAAAAUGCGGGACGCUUUCUGGACUUGCCUUCUUGCAAGACAGACAGGAUUUGAGGUCACAAAUGUGCAUCACAAAUUUUCAGACGGAUACGUUUUUGAUAUGGGGAGGGGGGAUGUUUCCUUACGAUAGCCCAAGUCGGCGGUUUGCGGCCGAUCAUCGACCAGCUGACGACGCUGAUCAAGAACCCGCUGCAGAACCCACAAGUCUACGCGCAGUACGGGCUGCAAACCCCGAAGGGCGUACUGUUGUACGGGCCGCCCGGCACAGGCAAGACCCUGUUGGCGAAGGCCUUGUCGGAAGAGCUGAACUGCCAUUGCGAGAUGGUAGAGGCGAGCGACCUGGCCAGCCAGUACUCCGGAGAGACCGAAAAGAAAAUCGUGGACAUUUUCGACCGCUGCCAAGAAUUGGCGAACGAAGAGAUAGAAGAGAUCACAACUUCAUCAUCUCCUGCAUCGACGUAUGGUGGAGCGGCGGGUGCGACUAAUAGGCUCCCCCAAGAACCAGCAGAACUACGUCGAAGACGGAAGCGCGGGUGUCUGAUUUUCAUCGACGAGAUCGACGCACUGUGUCCAAAACGCGAGGACUCGGUGGGGGAGUCGGAGCGCAGGAUUGUGGCGACGUUCUUGACUUUGCUGGACGGCAUCGGAGCGAAGAAAGGCAAAAAUGACCCAGCAACUGCUUUCUCCGGCAACAGAACAAUUGCAGCACAGCAGGGAGGCCUGGUUCUUCUUGCAGCGACGAACCGACCGAACGCCCUCGAUCCGGCGUUGCGCAGGCCCGGCCGGCUGGACCGGGAGCUGGAAGUGGGCGCGCCGAACAGCGAAGCGAGGUUCGAGAUUUUGAAGAUCAUGACGAGAAAGAUGAACAUGCUGGAGAAGGAGAACCAGAACAACACCGCAAAGCAGCAAAACCCGCAUGUUUUAAUUUCUCCCGACGGCCGCGGAGGACAAGAUCAAGAACUUCUGUCCGAACAGGACCUGCGACAAAUAGCUGACGACGCACACGGCUUUGUCGGUGCGGAUUUGCAGGGUCUGUGCAACGCCGUUGCGCUGAUGAGAAUCCAGGAGGAAAAUGAAAGAACAGCAGCAGGUCGUGCGACGAGAGAACAAUCAUCGUCCAAAAUAAAGUCUCUCCUCGACCUAUUCAAUUUCGCCUUGCAGAACAAGGUGAAGCCGUCCGCGCUGAAGGAACUGCAGAUCGAAAUUCCGAAGGUGAAGUGGCACAUGAUUGGCGGGUACGCGGACCUGAAGCAAAAGCUCCAGCAGUCGGUGGAGUGGCCCUUCUUGCACAAGGACCUGUUCGCCAAGCUGGACCUGACGCCGCCCAAGGGGAUUCUGCUGUACGGCCCGCCCGGGUGCUCGAAAACCAUGAUGGCCAAGGCCGUGGCGACGGAGUCCAAGAUGAAUUUCAUCAGCAUCAAGGGCCCCGAACUGUUCAACAAGUAUGUAGGUGAGUCCGAGCGCCAGGUCCGCGACAUCUUCCGCAAAGCGCGGCAAGCGCAGCCCUGCGUGAUCUUCUUCGACGAGAUCGAUUCCAUGGCGGGGUCGCGGGGCAACGGCGGCGGUGGUUCGGGGAACGACGUGAACGCGCGCGUGUUGUCCCAACUACUGAACGAGAUGGACGGCGUCGGGUUGAAGCAGGAACUGAUCAUCAUGGCGGCGACCAAUCGACCGGAAGCGUUAGAUUCUGCCAUCAUGCGCCCGGGCCGCUUCGAUCGGCUGUUGUACGUGUCGCUACCCGAUUUGGCCGCACGGAAGGAUAUUCUGCGAAAUUGCCUGCUGAAAGUGAAACACUUGGAAGUGGGGAUACUUGAAAGCGAAGGGGACGCGGGUAGUGCUGAAAAUAUGGAAGGAGGAGCUACCAGUCGUGUUGAUGCUUUUGCAGGUCCUGCUAGUGCUGGUGCACCUGCGCCAGCGCCAGCUGCUAGUACUUCCCCGACCUCGUUUGUCUCCAAGUCUUCCACUUCUUCCGAAUCGGAGUCGGAGGAAACUUCCGAGAGCGAGACCGAAUCUUCAUCCGAGGACGGUGCAGCACGCGGGUCCGAGACCGAGGAGCCAAAGCCCCGGCCUCAAGUCGUGAAAGAGGAAGAUGAGGAACCUCCCAUAGCAAAGUUAAAAAAGCUGGAGCUCGCAACCGACGCGGCGAACAAUAGCCAUAAAGCAUCAAAAACUCUACUUUUCAAGCCGAAACGCAGAACGAGGAAAUUCAAAACGGCCCGAGAGGUGGGGGAACGAGACGGAAAUAAACGUCACGCGAACACGAAUACGUCAAAAACGCAAAGGAAGCGUGCUGUGGACUUCGUGAAGAAGGAUUUGGACACGACGAACGGGCCAGUAAGAAAGCGUAAAGAUUUUUACCUGUGCCUCCUCGAAGAGUUGAGCGACAAGACUGAGGGCUUCAGUGGCGCAGAAAUCGUGAAUUUGGUGAAGGAAGCGUCCCUGCGAGCCGUGCGCGAGGCCAUCAGCGGGUACCAACAGCGGAUGCGUGCAGCGACUACGUCAAAUAAGUCUCCAAAUGGUUCUACGGCUCUUGCAGCCAAGGGCCCGGAACUGAAGAAAAUUCAUCUGCGAGAGGCUCUUGCUGAAGCCAAACCGCGGACUUCGAUGGAAGCCGUGCGGUUCUACGAACAAUUCGAAUUGCGAAACCGAUAAAUCGUAUACAGAUGAUGUGCUUAAGCAAGUUCUUGUAGCAGGGGGGCCUUUCUUUGGCUUUCUCAACUCAAAUAAAGAAUGCACACGUCUCAUGAGCGGCCGAGCGAUCUGCUU